UGGAGGUUUACCAACAAGCUGCAUUCUUUGUUUGAUGUGUUCUUUGAGUGUCUAUAUACUGAUAUAGUCUUACUGAAUACAAUUUAUAUUUUAUUAGUUUACUUGUAGAAAUUAGCCCAGUGUCUUUUCAGCACAAUGUCUCACUUAAUUCAUAAGUUUAUGGAUUUUUAUUCCUGGGCUGAGACGAUCGCUGACAAGAGAGUUGCUGAUUGGUUCCUGAUUCCAUCUAUAAUCCCAACAAUUUCUAUAGUUGCUUUAUACUUAAUUUUUGUUAAGUAUGUCGGACCUAAAUUCAUGGCCAACAGGAAUCCCUAUGAGUUUGGGAUGUUAUUGAGUGCAUACAAUUUUGCUUUGGUGGGUCUUAAUUAUUACAUAAUGAAGGAACUAAUUUCUGCAAGCAAAGCAGCAAAAUACAGCUAUAUAUGUACUCCAGUCAAACAUGAUUCAUACGAUCCUAAUGAAAUGAGGAUAGCAAAUGCUCUAUGGUGGUACUAUUUUUCCAAACUCAUUGAGCUAUUGGACACUGUGUUUUUCAUGCUACGUAAAAAAUCCAGACAAAUCACUGUUCUUCAUGUGUACCACCACUCUACAAUGCCCAUAUUAUGGUGGAUUGGAGUGAAGUGGGUGCCAGGUGGACAGUCUUUUUUCGGAGCAAUGUUGAAUUCUGCAAUUCAUGUUAUGAUGUAUUCAUACUAUGGACUCGCUGCACUUGGUCCUCAAAUGCAACAAUAUCUAUGGUGGAAAAAAUACAUCACAAUGCUCCAAUUGGGACAAUUUACACUUGCGAUUGCGCAUACUGGAAGAUCUAUAUAUUCUGGAUGUGAUUUUCCACCUUGGAUGCACUGGGCACUGGUGGGAUAUUCCAUGUCUUUCAUCAUACUUUUUAGUAACUUCUAUAUACAAACAUACACAAAGAAAUCCGCUAGAAAAGUAAGAAAUGAAAAAGAGAAGUAGUGAUCAAUGUUGAUGGUUCAAAAACCCUUAUAUUAAUGUGAAUUUUUGUCAUGAUUAAAAUUCAUUACAUAGAAACGCUGUACACUCAAGGGCUUUAAACCGAAACUUGAUUAGGAAACUACUUUUUAAACUUUGUUAAUUAUUGCUUCAAACACUGAAUUCUUUGUGAUAUUUUCAAUUCAUUUUAGCAUUCGCCAAUUUGUGUUUCAUAGUCAUCAUUUUUAUACACUAGGUUUUUUAAUGAAAGUUUGUUUUUUCAUUCUAAAUUGAUCCAUUGUAGAAGCUCAAAAUUAUGCAGAAUGUCUUUUUAAUUGAUUUUGCACUAAACUCUAUAAUAUUUAUUUUACCAGAUUAUAUUUUGUAUUUGAAAAACUUAUUGAAUUUUUACCAUAUGUUCAACAUUAUCGAAUGAAUGCCUUUUUCCUUCAGAUAGCCUAGUAAAUUUUCAUGCAACAUUUUUCAUUUUCAUGCAAAAAUUUUUUACCAAGUGUAUAUCGUUUCAUUUAUGCUCCAGAGAAUGUAGCCAAUCAAAUAUAUAUGUGAAUAAAUUAAAAUUUUG